GUGGACCGCGCAAACAGUAGGACAGACAGCAGUGCUCUACUGGAUCGAUCAUCAUUUUUACUUUAAUACUCUUCGUUAUUCUUCUUCUUUUAUUAUUCUUAUUUCUAAGAUUCCUAAUCACGUGAAUAUUUUUAACUUUUGGAGCAACAUUUACAGAAAUCCCCAUUUUGUAGCCUGGAAUGAUCCUCAUGAACACCCGCCGCGGGUCAUAGAGUAAAAAGAGAAGCUGAGCUGCUCUGAAGAACAAACUUACUAAUCAUCUCAAACAUCAUGGAGUUCUCACUGGCUCAUCCAGCUGUGAAAGCAUUCAUGUGUGGCUCUCUGAGUGGGACGUGCUCCACGCUGCUCUUCCAGCCUCUGGACCUGGUGAAAACUCGUCUGCAGACCCUACAAAACAGCGUCCAACCCGGGUCGGGUCGGGUCGGCAUGGUCACGGUGUUUGUAAGUGUCCUGCGGACGGAGAAGCUCCUCGGACUGUGGAGAGGCGUUUCGCCUUCCUUUGUGCGCUGUAUUCCAGGAGUCGGCAUCUACUUCAGCACGUAUUUUACUCUAAAGCAGCGUUUUUUUGCUGAUGGGGCCCCAGGGCCCUUACAGGCCAUACUGCUGGGAGCUGGAGCAAGAUGCGUUGCGGGAGUCUGCAUGCUGCCUGUCACAGUCAUCAAAACACGCUUCGAGAGUGGCCGUUAUAAGUACAGCAGUGUGUUAGGAGCGCUGCAGAGUGUGUGUCGGACAGAGGGACCGAAGGCUUUGUUCUCAGGUUUGACAGCCACACUGCUUAGAGACGCACCUUUCUCUGGGAUAUACGUCAUGAUCUACAGCCAGGCCAAAUACACGCUGCCACAAGAGAUCAGUCAGUCGCCUUACGCUCCACUGGCAAACUUCAGCUGCGGGGUUCUGGCUGGUGUUCUGGCCUCCCUUGUAACUCAGCCAGCAGAUGUAGUGAAAACUCACGUUCAAGUGAGUCCAGACAUCUUCAGCAGGACAUCAGAUGUGGUGCGAUUCAUUUAUAAGGAGCACGGAUUGGUGGGUUUUUUCCGUGGUGCUGUUCCUCGCUCUCUCAGGAGAACCAUGAUGGCGGCGAUGGCGUGGACAGUGUACGAGCAGCUGAUGGCUCGGAUGGGCCUCAAAUCCUGAGACCGAUCAAAACUGCAUCACGUACUGAAGGAGAUCUUCACACGGGACGUCCAGUGGCUUACGGGCCUGUCUGAUGUUUUAGUGUUUGACCCCGAGAUCCUUGGUGAUGAGGUUCAUGUGGGGCAGAAAAUCUGAGUAAAUGCUGUUUGUUUAAAUGACCAUGAUCGGCGGUUCAACAAACUGUUCUGAGUCUCAAUGAACGUGCUGUAAACACAGAUGCGAACUUCAAAAUGCACUUUAAUAUGGCCUCUUGGCUUCUCUUGUCUGCUUAUGAGUAAAUAACAAUGCUUUUGUUGUGUUAGAAUAAAGUUUUUAUACUGUGUGAGCUUUAUGAGGUGAUAGUCAUUUACAAUCUUUUUGUUAUUUACAUACUUUUAAGCAUAAGAUUUUAUUCAAAGCAGUCACAUUAGCAAAAUUUUGUGGGCAAAAUAUCCACCUUGUUUUUCAAUGAGGAAGUAAACUGUUUUCUGGUAAUGUGCUGCAGUUAAUGGUAAAACCGUUUGCACUACAAACCACUGUGUUCAUAAUUAAGAUAAUACAUUAAAAUAAUAUGGUAAGACACACCAGUUUGCAAUAUUAAGCAGCAAAACGAGCUGUUUUGUACAGCUAAAAACGGAGCGGAUGAUACCAGAAGCCAGACAAAUGGCCGCGCCAUUUUUAUAUCUGUUUUUUCUUUUCUUUUCUUUUCUUUUCUUUUCUUUUCUUUUCUUUUCUUUUCUUUUUUUUACGCUAAAUCCGAGAAACAGACGUUUUUACAGUCUGUCAGUAUGUUCUGACCUGUUUGAGGGUCAUCCGCAGAAAUGAGAACUUUCUGAAUGACGGGAGCAUAAGGGCGAUGACCUCCAGCCACUUACGCAAAACCCUUCAAACAAGUCAAAGGAAAGUACACAAACCAUUACAAGACAACAGCGAUUACGUUUGAUGUGCUGAAAAUGUGUAAUGCUUUACAUGUGCUUCUGUGUUUGACAUGUUCAAUAUUUCGACAUAGACAAAACAAUAAAUAAUGUAAAAACUGC